CGCGGGCGGGGCGGGGGCGGAGGCGGCGAGAAGAUGGCGGCCAAGAGCGGCCGGAACGGGCUCCUGGACAAGUGGAAGAUUGAUGACAAGCCAGUAAAAAUUGACAAAUGGGACGGUUCAGCUGUGAAAAAUUCCUUGGAUGACUCUGCCAAAAAGGUGCUCCUGGAGAAGUACAAAUACGUGGAGAAUUUCCGUUUGAUCGACGGCCGCCUCAUCAUCUGCACAAUCUCUUGUCUCUUUGCCAUUGUGGCUUUGAUUUGGGAUUACCUGCACCCUUUUCCUGAAUCCAAACCGGUUCUUGCCUUCUGUGUUAUCUCGUAUUUUGUGAUGAUGGGAAUCCUGACCAUUUAUACCUCAUACAAAGAGAAGAGUAUUUUCCUGGUGGCCCACAGGAAGGACCCUGCAGGGAUGGAUCCUGACGAUGUCUGGCAGCUCUCCUCCAGCCUCAAACGGUUUGAUGACAAGUACACCCUGAAGCUGACGUUCAUCAGCGGGAAAACCAAACAGCAGAGGGAAGCCGAGUUCACCAAAUCCAUCGCCAAGUUCUUCGAUAACAACGGCACGUUAGUCAUGGAGGCCUACGAGCCAGAGGUGUCCAAGCUGCACGACAGCCUGGCCCUGGAGAGGAAAACAAAGUGAUUCCAGAGCCCACCCGCCCCCCGGGAACCUGCUAAAGUAACACCAAUAAAGUCAAGUGGCUAAGAAAGUGAA